UUGAAGAUCUCAAGUAAAUAUUUAUCUGAAGGGAGCAGAGAUUCGAUACUGACUUGACUUUCAUAACCAAUUUUCAUCUUUCAAGAAAAGUCGCACCAGUACAGAGGCCCCAGCGGAGAUCAGCCACUAAAAGUACAAUCAUCAUGGCGGCCGACUUCCCCAUCAUCGACUCUCACAUUCACCUCUAUCCCAAGUCAGAGCUUGAUACCUUGGCCUGGUGCAACGCUGAUAGCCCGCUAGCCAAGCAGCAUUCGCUGGACGAGUACAAGGCGGCGAGUGCGGGCUCUAAUAUCAAGGGUUUCAUCUUCGUCGAGACGGACCGCAAGAACGACCUCGAGGCCGGCGUGAAGGAUGGCAGCGGCUGGAAGCAUCCGCUCGAGGAAGUGUCGUGGCUGAAGCGCAUUGCCCUGGGGCAGCCUCGGGACGGCGAGGGCCAUGCCGCCGAGGACGCAGGGCUGUGCGCCGCUUACAUUCCCUGGGCGCCGCUGCCGAGCGGACCUGAAGCCAUGGAGAAGUACAUCGACUUGGUGAAGGAGGAGGCGGGUGAGAGCUUCCGCAAGGUUAGGGGGUUUAGGUACUUGGUACAGGAUAAGCCGGACAAGACUAUGCUCUCGGAUAACUUCAUUGAGAGCUUGAAGUUGCUCGGCCGCAGGGGGUUCGUGUUCGACCUUGGUAUCAACUUGCAUGAGCGGGGUCGGAUCCAGCUCGAGGAGGCGGUCGAGAUGAUUGAGCGAGCCCAUGAGGGGGUUCCCGAGGAGGAAAAAGUCACCUUCAUCAUCAACCACAUGUGUAAGCCCGAUCUCACCGUCUACAACAUCCACAUAGACAAGUCCUUCAUCGCCUGGCGCACGGCCAUCUUCACCCUCAGCAAGGCCAGCAAGACGUACAUGAAGCUCUCGGGCGGGUUCCCCGAGAUGACGGACGGACUCAAGGCACGAACCCCCGAGGAUAUCUUUGGCGCCAUCAGCCCCUGGCUCAGCAUCCUCGUUGCCGCCUUCGGGCCCUCGCGCAUCAUGUUUGCGAGCGAUUGGCCCGUGUGCACCGUCGGCGUCGACGAUGCGUGGAAUAAGUGGAAGAAGAUCGUCGAGAGGUUGUGCUACAUGGCGUCGUUUGAGGAUGAGGAACAGGGGAUGAUUUGGAGCGGGACGGCGAUGAAGGCUUAUGGUAUUGAGGAGGCGUGAUUAGGUAUUUAAUGGCCGGAAAAAGAAGGAAGAAGAAAGGGUAUUGAAGUACGUAUUGAUGGAGGAGAUACCAUAGGGAUUCCGAUUUUGUCUAAUGACAUGUGGCGCAAGGUUUCAAGGGAGACUAUAGGUUAAGAACUAGAUCGCGACUAGAGCCAUCAUGUUCUUGGUAAUAUGAGUCGUUCAAGUCUUGCAUUCUUCGAGUUUGUCACUGUACACUUGACGAACAUGGCUUUGCGAUUGAUAGCCCUAACUCGUGUACGAUAAGCCUGCGGGUUGCACUUCAACUACUUGGGUAAGCUUUAUUUCUGGCAAUGGCAGGGAUAAUUCCACCGGGCAACUAACUUUAGAAGUUGCCUGAGAAACUUUCACCAAAAGGUAAGCAUCAAUGGGUGAAAGGAGGACCUCACAUUCUUCUCGAGUAGUUCG